AAAGUACGUCUUGUAUUAUGCAAGGUUAGAAAGGUGAAUCAUACUGCACAGGAAAAUGUCAGAAUGACUACCACCUGGAGAUAAGAGUUAAACAGCCAAUAUCUUGGUUUUUAUUGCGUUGUUAAACUUUUCUUGUGAUUAUGAAAAACAAAAAUUAUUACAACCCUGACUAUAUUUCUUUAUGGCUGAAGUUUGAUGUUCAUAAACUGAUAAAUGAAUAAUAAACUUGUGCUGUCCGGUCAGGAAUUUCCAGAAAGGGCGGUGUGUUCAGUCAGCUAACAGGAAGUGUUAGCGUUAGCACUUCCACUCAGGACUUGGUACAUAAAGUUCCACAUCCACAGCGGUUACAAAUAAAGAUGUGAAAAAAGCUACAGAGGACACACACUUAUGCUGCUGCACUUCACAAGACGGGAUCAUUAUCGGGAUUGUCUCGGUUUUCGGUAAAUCCUGCAUGCUGUGAUGGCUGAGGUCAUUCUAGUGGAUCUGGUUCAUCCGAACUGUCCUCGCCAUAAACAGUGUCUUGAGGAGCGCGUGAACAAGUUCCUCAGCUCUCUCGGAAAUGGCACGAGUGAGCCAGUAUACCUCAUUCUCCAACAGCACGCAGGCUGCAGUGAGGAAAUCAACGAGGCAUUUGUUUUGCAGAAAUGCGCCGGUCUGAACGGACGUGUCCGUGUGUUAACCGACAGCAGCUCCGUAGCCGUGCUUUACGCGUUCAAGCAAGCCGCGGACGAGCUCAACGUUAGACACGUGCAUGUCGUGACGUGCAAUGCACGGCGCGCGGAGCUGCAGGAGUGUGAGAAGCAGUUAUUCACCGACCUCUACACUUUCACUUACUGCAGCGUACUGGACUACAGCUCCUGCCCUUUCACACAACUCCACACAACCCAGCUCACCCAGCUUAAAGAGCAAAUCAGCGGCUUUCUACAGCGCCUCCCAGCGCUCCGGGGAGAAAUUACAGUCCUGAAGUCUUCACUCAUCUCAGACUGCUUUGCACACGGCUUCACCACAAGAACAGGAGGAAUUUCCUACAUCAGCACUCUCGGCUCUCUAAACCUGUUCAGCAGUUCUCGUCGCAGGGACUCGCGCGCCGUAGUGGCUGAGAAUCUUCGCCGCCUUGCCUUGCAUGCCGGCUUUCAGCCUCAACAGUUCCAUCUCUCCAAGGUUAACCAUGGCAGUGAUGUGUGGGUCAUGAACAAGCCUGAACCUGAGAACUAUGAUGCCAUUGUGACUAAUCAGCAAGGUGUUGUAAUAGCAGCCCCAGGAGCUGACUGCAUGCCUCUGCUUUUUGCUGACCCUGUGGAAAAGGUCAUAGGAGUAGCACAUGCAGGCUGGAAGGGAACCCUCAUGGGAGUUGCCAUGGCAACUGUAAAUGCCAUGGUGCGGGAGUUUGGCAGUGAGCUUGCUAACGUGGUGGCUGUGAUUGGGCCUUCUGUUGGACCCUGCUGUUUCACUCUGGAACAAAAUUCAGCAAGAAAUUUCCAGGCCAUCCAUCCAGACUGUGUCCGAGACGCAGAGUCACCCAUGCCUUAUGUGGAUAUCAGACUUGCCACUAGGGUCCUCCUGGAGAAAGGUGGUCUCCUCCCAGAGCACAUUCAGGACAACACAGUGACAAACAGACCCAACCUCACCCUCUGCACCUCCUGCCAUCCUGACUCCUUUUUCUCCCAUGUGAGAGAUGGCCUCAACUUUGGCACUCAGAUUGGCUUCCUAUGGAUCAAGAAGCCCCAUGAGUUUGAACAAUCAGACCCUUAGAAUCGGUGCCUAUGCUACACAAUGCAGCAUCUCAUUUGGCUGCAGAAGCAAUAAGCAUCAAUAUUCACAGCACUUUCAGUACUGAAUUCAGUUAGGUGUGUACAUUUAGAGACACGCUGAAGUUAGACAUGUUGCUGCCAUACCACUUACCUCAUCUCAUGCUUUCUGAAGAUUGAGACCCAUUCACAGCCUUUUCGAAGAUAGUAAGGGUAAAUCAUUUAUUUGUUAUUUUAUUUUGUUUUGAUGAAUUACAUGGUUGUAGCCAGCUUGGUAAAACUACCUAAAUCCAGACUAUUGUUUGAUGUAUGCAAUAUGAUUUAGUUAGCAGCACCUCUCUUAUAGAGGUAUACUGCCUAUAUCACACUGAUAAUUCUUUAGGGAGCUGCAAUAUUAAUUUUCUAUGGUAGGCUAUUUCCAGUAGCUGAUCUAUAUAGGGCAGGUCAGUUUCUAAGAGUACACAGAGUACUGGAGAGCCUCUGUAACUGAUGCACUACAGUACAUGUUAUCAUAUUAGCAAAAUAUUACUUUUAUUAGCAGUUUUAAAAAAAAAUGUAAGAAAUAUAUGUACACAAUGGUGAUGCUGCAUUGUCACCUCACGGCUCCAAGGUGCCCAGUUUCAUCCUGAUCUUGGCUCACUGUCUGUAUGGAUUUUUGCAUGCUAUCCCUAUGUCCACAUGGGUUUCACAGAAUUAUCCAGUUUCCUUCCACCACCCAAAAACAUGUCAGUAGUUGGAUCACCAUCCACUUAAUUGCCUCAAAGUGUGAAUGUGUGUGCAUGGUGUCCUGUAAUGGACUGGCAUUCCAUCUAUAGUGUAUCCCUACUUUGUGCCUGGAUUCACAGUGACCCUAAUCAGGAUAAAACAGUAAAUGAAUAAAUGAUUAAAAUAUGUCAUUACUAUAAAGUGGAAAAAGUGCUACCAAACAAUACAUGUAAAAACAUAUAUGAUGAACUCCCUGGGUUGUGUACGCAGUUCAACUUUUUUGUGUGCUCUAAAAAGGUUAAGUCAAAGACCCCAAGGGCUUAUAUGGUUUGGACUAUAUGUACAACCUUAUAACACAGGGCUUCACUUUCACAGUUAAUUAGGGGGGAAAAAACCCUGUAUCUAUCUGAAGACCCACCAAGAAGUUCUGUUCCCAGUAUUAGCUCAUCUUGAUAAAUUAUGUAGGUCACCGGCAUGAGAUUCCUUUGUAUGAAAGCAGACACUAGGUGGCUCUGUUCUCUUUGCUGUAAAAUAGAUGUGCUUGUUUUGUGUGAAACCUUAACAAUGUGGUUGGCUCCCAUCCAGCUGCAAUUUAGCUCCAUCACAAACAACCUUUAUCAGCCAUUCUGCCAUGUCAUUCUAAACAUCUCAGCUAUGUCCUGUCAUAAUAAGCACAACAUGGCACAUCUAUUUAUUAGAAGAGGAUGAUGGUUCUGUCAGUAGGAGCUUACAUACAUGUGUUGUGGAAGAUAUUUCUCAGCGAUUAGUGCCAUCUCUUAUCUGAGUGGUAUACGCUAUCCUUCCACUCCAUGGGAGGGGCACUCCUUUCAGGCUUGUUUAUGGUCUUUCUUUGUGUCUACACCCGGAUUAAAAGUGCAGAUACCUGCAUUCAUGUGAACCAAGGGAGAAUAUGAAAUUGAAAUCUCUCACACACACAAACAAACAUGCAAUUUAAUGUCACAUUCAAAUCCCAGAUUCUGAACAACUGAACCACACUGAAUUCAGAUUGUUAAGUCUGAUUAAAUAUCAAUGUUGUUUUGAAACACACUGUAGGUCAUGGCUAAAUGUAAUUCAGUUAUUUUAUUUAGGCUAACCUUUCAGUGUGUUCUACAGUAUAAAAGCAUUUAUCAGCACAAAGUGAGUGGAAGAGAAAAGAAUAGCAUCAUGUCCAUCAACGCUUGUUCAUUCAGCAAGGAUUGUGAACACUACUCUGUACAUAGAUAUCUGUGUAAUACAGUACGCAUUAAUCUUGGUCACAUUAUUCUAGGUAUAUUGUUAAAGGUGUGUGUGUGUGUGUGCCUGUGGCUCAUAAUGUAGCUCAGAAAUGUGGUCUGUUUGACAGUGGCAAACACAGGUAAUGGCUCUAUCCUUUUUUAUCAUCAUCUAUAGUCACAGUGUGACCAUCAUGACGUCCUUGUAGACCUAUUUUUCCCUGCAUUAUAAGCCACACUAUUAAUUUGCAAUGUGAGCCAACAUAAAGCCUCAUUCUUUACUAAAUGAACAGGCAUCAUUCGAGUACUGUAUAAUGUUUAUGAUCUGCUAUUUCGUUUUAGCAUGUGUAUGUGGAAUAUUAUUAGCAAAUUAAAAACCAAGAUCAUGUACACAUACAAACAUGAGCUCAGGUAGUUAAGUAAUUGACUUGGGUCAGUGGGGCACAGUCUGACCUUCUUAAGCAUUGAUUUAAGACCUCGUCCUCUUACAAAUAUCUCACUUGAUAAAAUUGACGGAAACAACCAGACCCCCAACACACACUCCCUCAAUAGCUCUCUCUCUCUCUCUCUCUCUCUCUCUCUCUCUCUCUCUCUCUCUCUGAAAUAACAAGCUACAUUUUCACUGCCUGCACUGCAAAGCUUUCUAUAGCAGCCGCUACUACACAAUAGCAGCCCUUCUCUUGCUCAACAGAUGAUUAUACUUACAUUAUAUAUAUGAUUGAAAUUGGAUCAAAUAUGUUGCAUAUUGUUAAUUUCACAUAAAAAUAAUUGAAACAUGUUGAAUGAUAUCUACUGAUUUAUUACAACAUUUAUAGUGUAUCAGUGUUUCAGUCUUACUGCAAUUUCUCUUCCUAAGGCGUAUUCUUCAGGCUGCUACAUGACAAAUUUGUAUUCAGUCAGAUUUCUACACUCUUGGCAAAUUAUUCAUUUCAGUUGAGAGCUUCCAAGAGGCACAAAAUAAACAAUACAAAAUGCAGAGGUAGUUGUUCAGAUGAAAUCCCACACCACUAGUGUCCACAAUUACACUCUCCUGUCACGCAACGGUUACUUAACGUCUGUGCUGUACUGCAGACAGACGAGAUUAAGAAGGCUAAUCUUCAUGUGGUAACAGUGGAGGUCCCCUCCCCUAUGUACAGUGUGUGUGUGUAUGUGUAAGGUCUAAAAGUGUUUUGACUUAAGAUUAUUAUAGUCAUAGUUUUACUGUGCUGAUUUGGAUUAAGUCUGGUGUAAAUAUU